ACUGUCUGUCUUUGUUUUCAGGAUGAGUGUACAAACAAUCAGAAAUGUUUUCAGUGUGGAAACUGGUUACCGCCUUUCUGAUGACCAAAUUGUCAACCAUUUCCCCAAUCACUACGAACUGACCAGAAAAGAUUUGAUGGUAAAGAACAUCAAACGAUAUAGGAAAGAACUUGAGAAGGAAGGAAGUCCUCUUGCAGAGAAAGAUGAAAAUGGAAAAUAUAUUUAUUUGGAUUUUGUUCCGGUAACUUUUAUGCUUCCUGCUGAUUAUAAUCUCUUCGUUGAAGAAUUCAGAAAGAAUCCCUCCAGCACUUGGAUUAUGAAACCUUGUGGUAAAGCUCAGGGAAAAGGAAUAUUUCUAAUCAAUAAACUGUCUCAAAUUAAAAAAUGGUCUCGAGAUAGCAAAACAUCCUCGUUUGUAUCUCAGUCUUCCAAAGAAGCCUAUGUGAUCUCUCUCUAUAUCAAUAAUCCAUUACUGAUUGGGGGAAAGAAAUUUGACCUUCGUCUGUAUGUUUUGGUAUCUACGUAUCGCCCACUGAGAUGUUACAUGUACAAACUUGGAUUUUGCCGAUUUUGCACAGUAAAAUAUACACCAAGUACAAGUGAAUUGGAUAACAUGUUUGUACAUCUUACAAAUGUUGCCAUUCAGAAACAUGGGGAUGAUUACAAUCAUAUCCAUGGAGGCAAGUGGACAGUGAGUAACUUGCGCCUGUAUCUGGAAAGCACCCGUGGAAAGGAAGUUACAAAUAAAUUAUUUGAUGAAAUUCACUGGAUAAUCGUGCAGUCACUGAAGGCUGUUGCGCCUGUAAUGAAUAAUGAUAAACACUGCUUUGAGUGCUAUGGAUAUGACAUUAUCAUUGAUGACAAGCUUAAGCCAUGGCUAAUUGAGGUUAAUGCUUCCCCUUCUCUUACUUCCAGUACUGCUAAUGAUCGCAUCUUGAAGUAUAAUCUCAUUAAUGACACACUGAACAUUGCUGUGCCUAAUGGGGAAAUUCCAGACUGUAAAUGGAAUAAAUCUCCUCCUAAAGAGGUUCUUGGCAAUUAUGAAGUCUUAUAUGAUGAAGAGAUGGCGCAAAGUGAUGGUUCUGAUCGUGACUUGCGAAGUCGUUCUGGGCAAUCCACUGGAACAAAAGGAAAUCGUGGGAGAGAUUCAGGAAAGCCUGUACUAACCACCUGGAAAUAAUGAUUAAGCAGAACAGCUGCUGAGUUGGUAGGACAGCAUCAUGAAAAAAUGUGUUCGUGAACAGAUUUCUCUAUUUCGCCAUGUUGUAUGAGGGAAACAAUCAAAGAAAACAAUACAGCCUUUGAAAAUAAGUGAAAUGAGCAUUCCAAAACCAGGAUCUUUAUAAUACACGCACUGACUUGCCAAUUAUAAUAAUUAUACAUACUUGCAUGCAUGUAUAUAUAGUUAAAAUGUAUAAUAUAUGUAAUUAAUUUAAUACAAGAAUAUUUAAGCUUAUAGUUCUCUAAAAGCAACAAAUUCUACAUUUUUAGAAGCAUCUCUGUUCAGACGUUGGAGAAGCCAGUAAUUAUUAUGAGGUUUCUUUAUAAAGAUGACUUUUAAGAAUACAUGUUCUGACAUACAGAGCAACGAGUCUUCUAUAAUUUAUUUUCACAAGUAGCUUGUCUCUACAUUCCUAGAAUAAAAGAGACAUGGAUAAUGGGAAAGAGCGGUAAUGGUGAGUGUCAAUAUUGUCAUAAUGGUGGUUCAGAUUCUUGCUAGGAAAAAAAAAUGUAACGAGAAAAAACAGCAGUGUAUGGAGUUGAGACUAUUGUCAACUAAAGCAGCUAAAGAUUUAUAGCCAGUCCUAGGUACUUGAAAAGUAAAUCUUUACAUGCUGGAGUUUUUGUUUGUUUGUUUUUGUUUUGCCUUUAGAUAUUUUUGAGUUGAUAAUUCUUUAAAAGUAGAAAGUUUCAUGUAAACGGGGAAUGUUUCAGGUAGUAUGUUGAUGUAUUAUUGGGCUAGCUAUUAGUUUUUAUUGCAAGGUAAUUUGUCUUUGGAAAAUCAGGCAGAACAUCAAUAUACUGUAAUAAAUCUCAUUGCUUGAGAAUGGCUGUAAAUUGACUGGCUGUAAAUCUUGCACUAGAAUUUCUUCAUGCAUCUACACAUGUAAGUACUUCAGUGUCUUUUUGUAUAUUUUCUAUGUCCUACCACAAAAACAUUGUUGCAUGUGAUAAACUAUUUCUAGCUCUGUCAAAAGUUGUGAUGAUUAGAUACCAAAACGUAUAGAGCAAAAGUUAAAAAUAGGUAUUUUGGUCUUCUAACAGCAUACUAUAUAAACUAACUAGUUGGGUCCAUCAGUGGCUACUUUCACUCGCAUUUCUGCCAGUUGUUGAGCUGUUACUUAUAAUAAUAUCUCGAUGUGCAGCUCUGAUGAUCAUUUUUCAUCAUUAUUUCUCUCUCCUCACUCCUCUCCCCCUCUUUUUUUUUCUUUCAUGGUGAAGUGUUAUGGAGAGAAAGACAAAAGGAGGCUUAAAGUUACAAAUAUCCACGCACCUGUAAUAAACUCUAAUCUGGAUAUCACUAAUGCAGCAACACUCAAUUUCUGUCUGUCACAGCACACUAAGUACUUUUCACCUUUCUGUGUGGCAGGGCUGCAUAAGUGUGUGCAUUAUAAACCUAGCCUCUCCCAAUGCCCUUAGACAUGAUCUGGGAUUCAUCCUUGCAAAAAAGAAAGAAAUACAUGGACUGAAUUGGUCACUCCAUGUAUAAUUUUCACCUUCAUUAAUCUUGGCUGUUUCUUUGAAAUAAAGACCAAAAUGUAGCUGAUUUUCUGGUCAUUAGACUUAAUGAAUCUUCUUACUGGCCCUUACAAAAGCAUAUUCAACUUGGCUCGUGAAGUAAGUUAAUAUUAUUGCAUGGCUGUGAAGCUCUUCUAAAUCCCAUAGCUGUUAGGUUUGAUGUGUUUCAUUUUUUUUUUUAAUUCUUGAGCCUGAGUUUUGCUUCAGUACUUGAACCUCGGCAGGUAAGCCACUUGUAAUUAGAUGUACAGUCAGAUAUUAUGUGUUGUUAAUGACAGGAUACUUAGACAGACAUUUCCUGCUUUUGCCCAAAUUGGCUGUUACUACGAAGUGUGUAACAAGUUGACAACCUUAGGAAAUAAUAGGCUGUAGUAUUGUGUAGUAUGGUAGUAUUUCUUAUAGGUAAUGAAACAGGGAUGCUCAGAUAGAAGGAAAACAGCUUUCUCUCACUUCAAUUUCCACUGCUUUUGACUCAUUUCUCUAGUAGCCUGUGCAAAGGAUGUUACUGUGGUCUUGUUAUAACAGUAGUGCUUGCAAAUGAGGCUUCAAUAGAAUGAUUACUCUUCCCCUUUAUCUUUUUCCUGUUUGUGCAGCCUACACUAGUGGGGCUCUAUACGGAAGAGGUAUAUUGAGAAAUGCUGAUUCUGCUGAAAUGUCAACUGUACUAUAGCUUUUUAAGUGUGCAGAAGCAUUACAUACUAAGCUAGCAGCAGGACUUGCAGUCUGCCUUUUGGGAAAGCUUAGCAUGAAGGUGAGAACAAAUCCAGGUUAUUAGCAGUUAUUGGUGUAGGCGGCUUUAGAGAACUGUGUACUUAGUUGUGAUUUCACAAUGAACCAAAACUGGUUAUAAUUUCAAAAUAUUGUUGUUAUUCCAAAGUCAUGUGUAUGUGGUACUCUGUGUUGGCAGUAGUGUCUUUACAGCUAGCUGAUGAGUUGAAUCAUGGCCUCGAGAACAGACCUUGGCAAGACAUACCGAAUUGGAAUGGUAAUACUUAAUAUUUUACUGAUAUUGAAUAUUCUCAUUUAAUUGAUAGAAGAUUUCUAAUGGCUUCGAAAGGACCCACUCAUUUCAGCUUGCAUUUUCAUUAAUCAGUAUAAUAACGCAUCCCUUCCAAUCCUGAUUUCAGAACAAUAAUUAUCAUACUAAAUCAAAGUCUUACUAUUGCUUUCAGAAAAUAAGGAUUUCUAUCUCAUUUCUAUUUCAUUCACACAUUUCAAGAGCCGUAUUUUAUACAGACAAUAUUUUUGUAGCAGAGCUAUCAAUUUGGAAGAGGCAAAUGCUUCUCUCUGGCCACUUGUAGUAAUGGGAAAGCAAAUUUCAAAUACCUUAUGUGAGGAUGAAAUGUCUGUUAGAUAUUUCAAAGAUUAUCAUCACUACCUCAGUAUUAAAACAGUAAUAUUACUAAUCAGAGAAGGAAAAAACAAUACUUCUGAUAUGAAACUUUCACUAUGUAGUAAUAAAAACCUAGAAUUUAGAUUUCAAAUGUUGAUACAGUAUUUUACACACAGUUGUAUCUUUAACCAAUAUUGGUAAAUUAUACUGCAGACACAAACAUGGUUUUGAUAAUGCAGUGUUCUUUAAAGAGCAAGAAGUCAAAGAGACUGCAGACAUAGUGACCCUCUAUUCCUGAUCUCACCCCAUUCUCUUUUUAAACACAAUGGACUAGUGAUUAGAAAUAGCAAGCUCUUUUCCAGCAGACUUUUUGCAGAGGUUGAAGUUUGAAGGCUUAACUACGUUAUCACUUUUAAUACAUUGAAAAAACUGGGUAUGCAAAAGAAGUCUUAGGGAACAAAACUGAAAUGAUGUUAAAUAGAUGAUUAAUAGUGCCUUUCUCAUUAUCAGUAACAAGCGAGCAAAAAAACAACUGGAAGCAAGCUGGAAGUCUUCCUUUUCUAUAAAGAACUUGAAGCCUCCUCCUAUAGAUAAGUAGAAUGUUCUUGUGAAAAUAAAAAGUAGGAACCUACGUUGUUAUGUAAUAUCUAUUUUCCUCUAAAUGACUGGUUGAAAAAUACAUUGCUUCUUCGCUGGAAUUUGAGUAAGGAAAGAACUGUGUUCUGUGGUAGCUGAGAGUUUGCUCUGUGCAUGAAACAACUUGUCUGCAGGCUGUGAGGCAGGAGGAUGAGAAGGAAACAAAAGCAGUCAUAGCUUUCAGGGAGAGAAGGGUAAUAUGUGAACACCGUGCCAUGAGAUGUUUGUGCGUGGCCUAAAAAGGUAAAGGUGAAAUUUUCCUUUUGGUGAGGAGGAGAAACCAGAAAGGAAAAUAUUAUCUCAUGUUCAAGAUUUUAUCACUGAACUUUUCUCUCUAGUGCUCCUUAACUAAAUCCAUUGCUAUAGCAGGGCAGAAAUAAUGCUACAAAGUGGUGUGUGAACUGCUAACAGCCUAUGUGUAGCAUCUAUAAGUUGGAAGUGAGCUCAUUAGUCAGACGUGUAAGCCAUAUGUAGGAUGUCUACUAUAGGAUUUGAAGGGAGUUAAGUAAAGUUUAAAUAAAGGUGUGAUGUUAACAUGUGUGUUACGAAAUGUUAAAUAUUGUGUGGAUACCUUCGUGUGAUGUAAGGAGCCUAAAUUUCCAAAAGAGAAAAGGCUGUUUUACUUCUGUUUGGUAGGGGUUAAAUGGGUUUAAUGGGUUCUGAGCAACUAACUUUGGCCCUAGGCCAAUCAUAUUCAACGCACAUUUGACUUUAGGAUAAAGAAAUUGUUUUGGGUCUCACUGGAGCAAAAUAAAUGAGAAAUAAAAAUCCCCCAAAGUUCUCACUUUGCCUAACAUACUAACUGGCUGGGCAGAGCUACAAUAAAUGUGCUUCUAAGUCUUGCAGUUCAUAUGCUUAAGUGAUCUCUGGUAUAACGGCAGUAUUGUAUGAAGAAUUAAAUAGACCAGCUCCAAACAACUAUGGGAGUUGUUAUAAUGACAUCAGUGUAGAAGGAGCUUAUUGCUGGAAUUGAAUACUGGGGCUUGCUUCCCGGGCACUAACCUUUCUCCCUAUUAAUUCUUUGACAUGGAGGGCAUUAAUAAGAUUUCCACAGAAUAGCUUCUUUAUGUGGCUUUAGGAACUUAACUAGAAUAGAAGAAAUAGUAUUAUCCCUAAAGCUAUUUUGUUGCUGUUGGCUUUACAAUAGAACUUCUGCCUAAAAUGUCCCUGUCCAGAUUCACUUCCUGCUGUAAAUGCAGCAAAACAACAGACCUUUCACGGAAGAUAUAUAGUGCUGCACUUCAGCAGGAGAAUGUGUCAGGCAGAGCUCAUUUAUCUCGUUAAGGAAGGAGCUUUAUUCUGUCAGUAUAAACUGAUGCUGUGUCCAAAGUAGUUACUGUUCAGUUUAUAUAUGUGGAACUAUAACCAGAAGGUAACUUUCGUUUUGUGCCUGCCUUAUUAAAAUAGCUCACUCAAUCCCUCCGUUCAGUGGGAAGCACGCUGUGCCAUCUGGUAUGUGGGUAUCACAAUAUAACGCUACUGUCCAUAGCUAGCUAUGCUAACCUCUAGGGUUCCUUAACAAAGAAAUAACUUUAUUCCUGGAUUUCUUGCAGAAAAUAAAUGUGUUGAGCUGAGAAAAACUGACUUUGGUCAUAAUUUUGGUAAAAUUUUGGUUAUUAAGAGGAAAUAGGAAGAUAAAUGGCUGUCUUGGAAAGACUGUUUUUACUGGAUAGUAGGAAGUUGCUUGUGCUAGGCUUUUGGCUGUUUUAUUAUUAUUAUUAUUAUUUAAUACUUUCUAAAAAUACUUUUUAAAAUUUGCUAUCAGGGCCUAGGCAGGCUUCAAGAAACUCACCAUACUUGGAGUAGUCCACAGCCAGAUCUUUUCCAAUUGUUUUGAUGACAUAGUGGAAUCCCUAUCGUUGACAUUAUCCUCUAUGCUUUUAAUUAAUCACAAAUUUUGUACCUCCUGAAAAGCGUAUCAUUCACGCUUGAGAUAAUCAUUGGCAACUGUUGUGAAAUAGAAAAGUUAGGACAGUAUGAAACUGGUUAAAGACAUGAAUGUGGAAAGCAAGGAGAUAAUAAAGGAUGUUUCAAAUGAGCAUUUCUUCUGUGAGACGAAUUGUAUUUGAUGAAAGUUGGGCAGUUAAACAGUAAAAUUAAUUAAUUGAGUGGAAUUAAAUUUAAUAUUCUGAAAUUCCAUGACAUUGACUGGCAUAUAUAACCACUAAUGGGAGUACAUUUGGAAUCAAAAUAUGGUUCAAGGUUUAAUUUAGAUUUUAAACUGUAAACAUGUAACACUUGGGAUUUCUUUUUAGGUAGAGAUAAAAAUGCCGAAGAGAAUGCCAAAAUGUUGCAGCAAAAGCCAAGAAAGAGCAAUCAAAUUUGCUCUGAGGGAAUCUAAGAGAAAAUGUUAGUACUUAAAAGGAUACGUGAAAUUUUUGAGGACAGCGGAGGACACAAAAAGCAUAUUUAAAAAUAGAUUGUGUUAAAAAUAAAAAUAACCAUGGGAUACUCAUCUAAAAGGAGGGAGGAUUAUUUAUUUAUCUAUCUGUCUAUUUAUUUAUUUAUGUACUUAUUUAUUUUCAGAAAACUUCCUGUCCUGUCUCUUGCGGUCAAAACUGCGUGCCCACCAGUAGGGCUAUGUAAACUGUCAGCCUUCCUUCUAAGAUAAAGGGUGGAGACAGUCUUUCUCAGGAAGUCACAAACUGAAAGCAUCCAAAGAACAACUUAAUAUUUAUGGAGAGAAAAAAAAAAACUGAAAAUGCUAAAAUCAAAAUGAAUAAUAUCAUGUUACAAGUAUGAUUCACGGUAUCAUUAAGUUAUUUAUGGCAUCAUCAUAGUGUCAUUGUGCUGGGAGGUUGCAUGACUGGUGGUAGAUAUAAUUAGACCGUUAAUCUGUUUUAAUUCACUUCAAGAAAGUAAAUAAUGUUUGACUAUCCAUAAAGAUAACAUGUAAAUUAUAAAUUGAAAAAAUAGUAGUUCAUCAACCACUGAGGUAUUUUCCUCCAAGCAGUUUUUUAAGUGCAUGUAUGCAGUGCAUGUGGCCUUGAGCCUAUAUAUACGUAUGUAUACGUGCAUUAAAUUGUACUGCCAUCAGAAAUGGAUCAAACCGAGCAGCAACAUGUGUAUUAAUUCUAGUGCAGACAAUUUCUGCUUUCAGAUAUGGAGGUAAUUUACAAGAAGAUCAAUAGCAUUGAUCCAAAACGUAGACUAUGACAACUUUGAUAAUAUUUUGUUAACUGUUUCAAAUGAUACACUUGGAAAAGGGGUAAAAAUUUUACAGUUAAAAAAAGUAUUCUUAAAGUUGUCAUUGUUGUUAUUGUCUUAUUUGGUUCCAAAAGUGUCUAAGCCAUUUUUUUCUACUGAAUGUAAAAAGCAUGGGAAAUGUUUUGUACAGAGGACAGUAUUCAGCUGCUUGAAAAUGGUAUUCCCUAAAGUGGUGCCUCAAGGAUCCUUCAAAUCUUAAACGUUCAAGCAAAUUAUCUUCUGGUGAAUAUUCUUUUUCUAAUUAAUCUGCUUUUACUUUUUGUCUUUAAAAUGAUAAUUUUAUAGAACUUAUAAAGAUGCUUAAGUGAAAAGUUGGAAAAUACGAUUGUUAUUUCUCAAGCUGUAUUAAAGUCUGAAUCCUGCUAGUAAA